UCUUUCAAGGAUUUUUGACUGAUUGUACUGAAAAUUCGGAGACAUGAGUAUCGAUGACUUUCUUUUCGACAUUACUCACCAUUUCUUCAAAAAGUUGUAUCAUAUCGUCGAAUUUUCAGUGCAAUCUAUAUAGCUCGCCGCUCGAUAUCAUUUUGCUCAAAAUACUUGUUCCAUAAAGUCUUAUUGCAUUUCAACGUACUUAUCAGCUGAUAAGAACUAAUCAGAGGAACAAAAUACUUCGAAGAAGGUAAUUACUCUGUCGAGAUAAGGAAACUCAUCGAAAUUCAACUUAAAAUUUGAGGUGUCAAAUAAUUUAUCGAUCGAUCGAUUUAUUUAAUCAAAAUAACUAAUUCGAAACAAAUAAAAAAAUGAACUUCGUUCUAACAAUUUUAAUUGUGCUGUGUUCCUGUUACUUACAUUCCAUUCUCGGCCAACAAUCAAACUUAGUUUGUACCCAAGAAUUUUGUAAACAUUACAAAGAAAUGACGGGCUGUCCAAAUUUACCAGUGGGAUGCGUGGUACAAAAUGCAACUCACAGUGGUAACAUAUUACCUUCGGCCACACCGUGCAGCUGUUGUGAAGUCUGUUUGGAGCAUAUACAGGAAGGAGAAUAUUGUACUAUCGGCUCACCGGGCUCACCUGUCCCAUCAACAAUAUGUGGACCUGGACUAAAAUGUGCUACAGUUAGUAAUGACGAUCAUCCGAGAUGCAUGAAAAUGGAUGAUACAGAGUGCUUUAAGCAACAGAUUGAAUUUGAUAUAGCCAAGAAGAAUGGAACUAUCGGAAAAUGGAUGCAAAGACCAAUGUGUGAUGACGAGGGUUUCUUCAAACCUGUGAAAUGUAUUCCCGAUGAAAUAUGCUACUGUUUGGAUAAAAACGGAAAUCGAAUAUUUGGUGAAGAUGUUUAUUCAGAGACAGCUGAUUUCACAAUGAACUGUGAAUGCUCCAGGCUGGCCUCAACUUUCAAGAACUUAAUGCCCUCUAAAUAUCCACAACCAACAGCUAGAUGCUUAGACGAUGGAUCAUUCGAUCCCAUUCAAUGUUUCGGGAAUAAAUGUGUCUGUAUAAAUAGUAUGUACGGUGGUACGACCUCUGACAAAAUGUACGACAAUGACAAAUUAAAUCAAAUGCCUUGUUAUAAUCGUAAGAUUCACAGAAGCAAUACGGUCUACGAACAUGACUGUGAGAAAAUUGUUGCGGAUAAAUUGUCAGAGAAGUAUCGUUUGGAAAGUGAAGGCUCCGUUGUAAUGGAUUUUAAAAUAGACUUAUGUGAACUCAAUGGGUGGUACAAGCGGGUUCACGAGGACAAAUAUUCCAAAAGCUGCGUCAAUAAAUAUGGAAUCCAAAUCGGUAACUACAGUCUGCCGAAAGACGAUCCAGAAGCGAAAUAUAUGAAUUGUCAAUGUGCACGCGCCAAUCUUCUCACUAACAACACGAAUAUCGAAUGCUGUCGCAACGGAAAUUAUCCGAAGUUUACUUGCAAGAACAAUGAAUGCUAUUGCCUUGAUGAAAAUGGCAAUCAAGUGACGGCUGAAGUUCAAGUGGAUGAAAUUUUCACAUUAAGAUGUUAUAAUGAUGGCUUUUUCUGUUGAUUGAGACACAUUUAAAUAUCCCAUUACUCUUAUACGUAAAAUAAAUUGAUGCAAAGCUCGAU